AUGUUCACACGCUGUGGAGAUCUGCGUGAUUCGAUGCGUGAAUUAGCGUGCCGUCUACAGCGUCGGUUGCUUCAUGGCAUUCUGUACAUCACCACAACACUUUCGAUGACCAGAGCACUGCUGAAUACUGUAGCUCCAUCGUCCAUCGGCAUGGAAAUUCUGAGAGUCUGGGAACCAUCACUUGAAGUUGUCUACGGAAGAAGCGAGAAGCACAUGCCUCAGGAUUCAACUCACCCCCUCGUGCACAUGCAAGGCACGUUGAGGUAUCAGUCAAUAGCCCAGGCUUCUUGCCCUUACAAUGGCCAUUUAGUCAUCAGCAACCCAGGCUUCUUGCCCUUAGAUGGUUGUUCGUCAAUCAGCAACCUAGGCAUUAUGCCCUUCAUUGGUUGUUCAGUUCAGUCAAUCAGCAACCCAGGCAUUAUGCCCUUCAUUGGUUGUUCAGUUAAUGGCUAUUUACAGGUUUGA